AAUUCAGAUGAUGGAGUUGCUCUGAUUAAUGGCAUUCCUAAAUAGUAAAUAGGGUGUGUGAAAAAUAUCUUGUGUAAUCCGAACGUAACAGAAACAGAAGGAAGAAGUGAGCGUGGGAGAAUGAAAACGGAAACAGAGCCAAAGGAAAGCGAGUCAGAUUGGGGCGAGUUGACUCGCGAGUGCCUCAUCAACAUCCUCUCUCGACUCAGCGUCCGCGAUCGAUGGCGCGGCACCAUGCUCGUUUGCAAGUCAUGGUUCAGUGCCUUCAAGGAACCCUCUCUUCACUCCGUCUUCGACCUCGAUUCCCAAUUCGACUCGCUCCCCGAGUUGACUCGCUGGUGGACCCUCGAGUUCGAGGCUAAAAUCGAUUGCAUGCUUCUAUCUGUCGUCGAAUGGGCCCAAUCCUCUCUCACCCAGAUACGCAUUCGCCACUGCUCCGAUCGCUCUCUUGCUCUCGUCGCCCAAAGAUGCCCGAAUCUUGAAGUGUUGUCUAUCAGAAGCUGCCCUCGUGUUACUGAUGAUUCUAUCUCUAGGAUAGCUUUGAGUUGUCCGAAGCUCAGAGAAUUGGACAUCAGCUAUUGUUAUGAGAUAACCCAUGAGUCAUUGGUGCUGAUUGGGAAAAAUUGCCCCAACCUCAAAGUUCUCAAAAGAAAUCUCAUGAAUUGGCUUGAUCCUUCCCAACACCAAGGAAUUGUUCCUGAUGAGUAUCUAAAUGCUUGUCCGCAAGAUGGAGAAUCUGAGGCUGCUGCAAUUGCUGAUUCCAUGCCUGGUCUGGAGUGGCUUGAGAUUAGGUUCUCCAAGUUAUCGGCCAAGGGCAUCAAUACCAUUUGCGAGGGAUGUCCCAACCUUGAGUUCUUGGACUUGUCUGGGUGUGCUAACUUAACUAGCCGAGACAUUGUAAGUGCAUCUUCUAGUUUGGUGCACUUGAAAGAGAUUAAAAAGCCAAAUUUCUAUAUCCCCAGGUCUGUCUUCCACACUGAGAGGUAUGGACAUUGGAGAUUGUAUGAUGAGAGAUUUCAAACUGAUAUUUUCCGAAUCUGAACAGUGAUUGGAAGAUUGAUCCAAGACGUAAACUGUGUGAGUCCAUGACUCCAUCUUCUUUCUGCUGCUUUGGUGGAGAUCUUAAUAGGGUCUCUGGUUAUUGCCACAGUCAAAUAUAUAUUGUAGAAAUUAUAAUCUCUGUCUAUGUAAUUUUAUGCUUGCUUCAUUUGCCUUCCAUCAGUAACAUGCAUUUUGCAAUGUAUUUGUGUGGAAGAUCAUUAUCCCAAGUUCUCAUAAAGGAUUUACCUGUUAAUAUUCUAA